UCUGAGUCAAAGGGACUGACCGUCACAGCCGCUCAGGUCGCCCGCCAGCCCACAAUGCUCGUCGGCACACUGAUUUUUCUGGGCCUGGUGCUUUGUGCCAAGGCCCAGUUUGAGGUGCACUGGAACGUUCCGACGUUUAUGUGCCACAAGCACGGCGUCUUCUUCGACGCGACACGCUAUGGCAUCACGCAGAACGAUAACGACCAGUUCCGUGGCGACACAAUGGUCAUCCUCUAUGACCCGGGCCUCUUUCCUGCCUACCUGACCGACGAGCCACAGGAAGAGGGAAUGUUUGAGAGCAUCUUCGGCAGGCAGAAGUACAGCGUGAUCGCCAGGAACGGCGGCCUACCGCAGCUCGGCAAUCUCACGCAGCACCUCGACGCAAUGAAAGAAUCCAUCAAUCAGCUCAUCCCCAACCCAAUGUUUUCUGGCGUGGGAGUGAUCGAUUUCGAGUCUUGGAGACCGACAUAUCGGCAGAACUGGGCGUCGCUGAACAUCUACCGCGACAAAUCCAAAGCGCUGGAGAAGAAACUGCACCCGUUCUGGUCCAAAGAGAGCAUCGAGAAUGAGGCGGAGAAACGGUUUGAGCAGUACGGGCGGCUCUUCAUGGAGAAAACGCUCAUGUUGGCCAAAGAUCUGCGGCCGCGCGCGCGAUGGGGAUACUACGCCUUUCCUUAUUGCUACAAUUACUCGCCCAAGAACAAGGGCUUUGACUGCCCUGCAGAGGUCAAAACCGAGAAUAACGAACUGAACUGGCUGUACUCGGGGAGCGAUGCCUUGUUUCCAUCGCUGUACAUGAGCAGGCAGAAGCUGACGCCGGAGCAGCACUAUAAAUUCGUCUUUGGAAGGGUUAAUGAGGCCAAGAGGCUGGCAAAUAGAAUCAAACCCAAGAGACCGGACGUCCUGCCGUAUGUGUGGUACAGGUACUACGACGAGCAGGAGUAUUUGACAGAGGAGGAUGUGUACAACAGCAUCGCCGGCCCAAGGACCCUUGGACUGAAGGGAGUCGUCCUGUGGGGCAGCUCCAAAGACGUCAACUCGAAGGAAAAGUGUCUGAAGCUGCAAAAAUACGUCGAACAGACGCUGGGCCCAGCGGUGCAGCACAUACGUACGGCGUCUGUCGCCGAACUGGAAAAGCGGCUUACAGGGAAGAAGCUGAAGAGGUCCAACCUGCCUGAAGGCUUCUGGACAAACUACUUCCUGGACCCGAUUGUGAAAAUAUUACGUAGGAGGACCAUUCGCAAUAAGUAGAGCACGUGGAGAGCACAAAACUUUUGGUGUUGGAGGUUGUGGACUGGCUCAGUGGCGGGAUUUGUUGUGAUCUGACUACUCACAGUGAGUAGUCUGUUUAUUCCACGGGAUGAUUGAACUUUUUACCAAAGCAUGAAAACACUACUAGAAUUCUAGACGUAAGGCUGCAUUUAAAAGAGGCGCGUGUGUGUGUUUUGAUAGCUCGUUGCCAUUUUUCUAUCUCAAACUACUGCCGUUUUUAAAGCACUUUUUCAAUAAAAAAAACUACCCAUUUUAUGUGACUGUACC